AUGGCAUUCAAAAGUAGCAUGCUUGUCUUUUUGGUGGCGAUUUCUCUUUGUAGUACUUGUUCUGGCGCAAGUGCUGGUGUCGGUGCUACUUACAAAGUUGGCAGCUCGGUUGGUUGGGACAUAGGAGUUGAUUACCACCAGUGGUCAUCUUCGAAAGAGUUUCAUGUAGGCGAUAGUCUUUUGUUUUCUUAUGAUUCUUACCACAAUGUGGUUGAAGUUACCGAGCAAGGUUACAAAUCCUGUGACCCCAGCUCUCCGAUCGCAGCUUAUAGUUUUGGCUCAGAUAACAACAUGCUUGAAAGGCCCGGCCACUAUUACUUCCUCUGUGGUAUGCGUGGUCAUUGUCAUGCCGGACAAAAGGUCGAGGUUGUGGUCAGUAGCCUUCCUACACUAGUUGAUAGUAUGGUCAUCUCUCCGAGCCCGACACCUUCUGGAUUGUCUUCUCCUUCAUCAACUCCGAGCCAGGCACCUUCUCCAUUGUUUACUCCAUCAACUCCGAACCCGACACCUUCUGCAAUGUCUUCUCCUGUUUACAAAGUUGGCGACCGAAUGGUUGGAUAA